UUCAUGUUAUGACAGCAGUUGCUCUCACUUCUACAAUGAAUCAAAAUACAUCUGAGAUCAGAUGUGUGUAUAUCAGCCAGAAGGAUGAAAUUUCAGGAGCACUGGAGACAUCAGUAUCUCCUAAGAUUUCUAGCAUUUUGAAAGAUCUUGGGUGCUAUUUGAAUUCUCAAGGAACAGAAAACAUCUACAAAACAAUUAAAAAUGUGGAAGUCAAUGUAUUUGAAGAUACAGAAUUAAGAAUAAUAAUGAGCAUUUCAAAUAUCAUUUCAUGCUUUUGGUUCUUUAAAGAAAGUAAAGCUUGCAAACCUUCUUUGGACUCAGAGAAUCGGUAUGUUACAUCUUUGGCUUUUUCCCAAAUAAAAGAAGGACAAGCUGGAAAAUACACCCUCUCCGUCACAAGUAAAACUGGCAAUUACACAGUAGUUGUGCCUAUUCUCAUCCGAAAAAAACCAGGCAAACCCUAUUUCAGGAAGAGUGAAAGAUCGGACUCUGUUGAGUGCAUAUCUGAGAGCUACCCCCAGCCCACUGUGGAGUGGAUAUUCUGCAAAACACCUGAAAAGAGUUGCCCUGAUAAAAUUCAUGAAGAAACUGGGGAAAUAGAUGGCAUACAGAAGGUGCAACACAAGUUAUUUCAAGCUUACAUAUGGUGCUGUGCAGUUAAUGUCCUGGGCAGAGAAUGCACCAGCCUCUUUACAAUAGAUUUAAAUGAAAGACAAGCAGCACCUUUACCUGAACUACUACUUAAGGCUGGGGAACCAUUGCUGAUCAGAUGCAGAGCUGUUCACCAUAAUUAUAAAUUCAGAAUAAAGUUAUCUUUUGAGAACAGAGAAGUUGAUCAGGAUCACCAGUUUGGAGGAUUAGAAUAUGAACCAGAUCACUCAGCAAUUCGGACCCAGUAUGUGUUUGCCACAGCAGCACGAAGAAGUGAUAGUGGACGUUAUACCUGUUCGUCUACCGCUCAUCCAAAUCAAACUGUUUUGGUUACAGUUUUAGAAAAGGGAUUUAUAAAUAUAACUGACUCUAAAGAAGAUUUUGAAAUUGGUGAGGAAGAGUUUUGCUUUGAAGUUAACUUUACAGCAUAUCCACCAGUUAGAUGCAUGUGGCUGUUUUCCAAAAGAACAUUUCCAUGUAAACAAAGUUACAGUGUGGAUGGACACAGUAUUUCAUCAAAGUUCUGCAACCAUCAGUAUCAGUCUGGGAUAUACAUAUUUUAUGCUGAAAAUGAUGAUAUGGUUGUGACAAAAAAAUUCACUCUGUACGUGAGAAGAAAGCCUGAAGUAACGAUGCAGUUGUUGUUCAAGCAGAUCUCCUGUGUCGCUGAAAGUUACCCUGCCUCAUCCUGGGUUUGGAGGAACUGUCUUGAACUGAACUCAUCCAACUGUACAGAAGAAAUCACAGAGGGGAUUCACAACUUCUUGCCAGAGAGGAGAUCCCUGGGGUCAUGGAUUUCAAGCAGUACUUUAGAUGUAAAGGAGACAGCAACAACCUUCUCAGUGGAGUGCUGUGCAAACAAUUCUGCUGGUUCAGCCUGUGAAAAGAGUUUCAUUAACCUAUCAGUUGCAGGAGCUGUUUCUUCUCCCCUGGACAAUGCUGCAUUCUAUGUCUUUGUUGGAUUUUUUCUCCUAUUGAUCGCUUUUGUGUUUGUAGUCAUUUCUCUUAAAUACAAAAAGCAUUUUAGAUAUGAAAGCCAGUUGCAAAUGAUACAGAUGAUAGGGCCAUCGGAUAACGAGUACAUCUACAUCGACUUCAGAGAAUUCGAAUAUGAUCUAAAAUGGGAAUUUCCCAGGGAAAAUCUGGAAUUUGGACAGGUCCUUGGUUCUGGGGCUUUUGGGAAAGUGGUGAAUGCAACAGCUUAUGGAAUUAGCAAUGCAGGAGAUUCAGUCCAGGUCGCAGUCAAAAUGCUAAAAGAAAAACCUGAUGCUUCAGAAAAAGAUGCUCUAAUGUCUGAGCUGAAAAUGAUGACUCACAUUGGAAGCCAUGAAAAUAUUGUGAACCUACUAGGAGCUUGUACUGUAUCAGGACCAAUCUACUUGAUAUUUGAAUACUGUUGCUAUGGUGACCUUCUGAACUACUUAAGGAGCAAGAGAGAAAAGUUUCACUGGACACUGACAGAUAUUUUUAAACAGCACAACUUUAGCUUUUACCACAACAUCCAUUUGGACCAAAAUUCCAGGAUGGGGACUCACCUGAAGUACAGUGUGAAUACAACUCUCUGCAGAGAGGAUGAAUUUGAAAUCAUGCAAAGAAAUCAAAACAUAAAUGUGGCACCUGGAGCAAAUGGGAUUGUGGUGUUUUCUAAGGAAGAUAAGAGUAAGAAUGUAAGCACAGAGGUGGAUGGAGAAGAGGAUCUUAAUGUGCUCACUUUUGAAGACCUUCUUUGCUUCUCUUAUCAAGUUGCCAAAGGAAUGGAAUUUCUUGAGUCCAAAUCGUGCAUUCACAGAGACCUCGCUGCCCGGAAUAUACUAGUGACUCAUGGAAAAGUGGUGAAAAUAUGUGACUUUGGCCUUGCCAGAGAUGUAAUGAAUGAUUCCAACUACAUCGUCAGGGGCAGUGCUCGUUUACCAGUCAAAUGGAUGGCUCCUGAGAGCUUAUUUGAGAGGACCUACACAAUGAAGAGUGACGUCUGGUCAUAUGGAAUAUUGCUGUGGGAAAUAUUCUCUUUGGGUGUAAAUCCCUACCCUGGUAUUCAGGUUGAUACAAAUUUCUACAAAUUGAUACAAAGUGGAUUUAAAAUGGACCAACCAUAUUAUGCUACAAAAGAUGUCUAUCUCAUGAUGCAGUCCUGUUGGGCUCUUGACUCCAGAAAAAGGCCUUCUUUUUCUUGCCUGGUUUCCUCUCUUGCCUGUCAGCUAGCUGAGGCAGAAGGAGCAAUUUACCAGAAUAUGAAGAAAAAUUUUUCAGCACACAAUUCCAGCAUCAAAACUAAACCACGUAUAAGCAAGGAUGAGGAAUCUCUGCUGUCCCCGAUUGCGCUCCAGCAUGAAGACCCUCAGGUUGAAAAAUAA